AUGAAGAAAAUAAUUCAUACAGUUCGUUCAUCAUCUACCCGGAAAUUUUUCUGGAUUAUUAGUAAAUCAAUCAUCAUCAAGCUUCUUCGUCUUCUGAGAUCCAUUCUUAAUGUUAUUCAUAUUGCAACAAGUUUUGCAUUAGACAACACAGAGAGGCUAAUUAAAUAUCUUGAUCGUAAUUUUGAUAGUAAUAUAUCCUGUACAGAAUACUAUAUGGACACAGAAAAUCAAAUAUUAUCAGGGUUCAAUGGAUAUCAAAAUACAAGUGAUCAAGGUGAGCAACAAAACAUCUUGGUUUUGACAAAUGAUGUUGAUACUUCUGAUGCCAAUGAUUUACCAUUAACUGAAUCAAAUUGUCAAAAUACACCAUUUGUGUCCACCGAAAAUGUUGAGCAACAAAAUGCCUUAGCGUCAACAAAUGAAGUUUUUGACAGUUUUAGUACCAAUAAUUUACUAUUGACUGAAUCAAAUGGUCAAAGUACUUCACUUGUGCCUACUCAAAAUGACAAUGGUACAAUGAUACAACAUCAGUUAAGUCAGGUUGGAGAAGAUGAAAGACGAUUAAUGAUGAAAGAUAUGCCCAAGUUUCACUUGACUGAAAACUACGACUAUCCUCUAAGAGUGCUUUAUACUGUUAAAGAUUAUCUCUUUUUGGCGAAAGUGAACGAAGAAAAAGUUAUUAGGUCACUCGAAAGACGUAUUAAUGCUUUUUACAGUUACUGUAAGGAAAAAACUUACACUCCACAAUUGGAUGAACUAUGCGUUAUUAAAUACAACGACGGUAAAUGGUAUAGAGGGGUUUGUAAAGCCAUUAAUGAUGAUGGUGAUAAAACAACAUUUUUUAUAUCAUUGCUUGACUGGGGCGAGUUCAUUAUGGUAAAUGCUAGCAAUAUACGUAAAAUACGACCAUUUUUUAUUCAACACACACCUUUGGCAGUAAAAUGCGUUCUCAGAGAUUUGAAACUUUCACGUAUUCCAAAGAAAAUCUUAUGGAAACUUUCAAAUAAAGUUUUCAAUUGCAAUAUAGUAACAAGAGUUGGACCGACUUAUUAUGAAAUUAAGUCAAAGCAGAUAACUAGUUUAUUAAAAAAUAAAAAUAAAUUAUAGUUACAAUCAGUAGGCAAUUUAACAUUUAACAUGUUAUGGUUAACUAGCUUAUGUAUAAUGUUCAAUUUUAUUAAUCAUUUAUUAAA